CUCUUGGGGGGGGGACAAAAGAUAAGUCCUAAAACUGCCUGAGCUACAAAAACUCACUGGAGACAACCGUUUUAAUCUGUCAUAGAGGGCUGCUGCUGCAGUCCAUCUGUGUUUUUGACUUUUAUUCUGCGCUGAAACGAAAUGAGCCCACACUGGAGAUGAAAUAGCUCAUGUUGUGCGACUGACACACUGCACGACAUUAGCUCACAACUCAUUUUCUCUCCCACUCUGCUGUUAAGACCACCGACCAAUAAUCUUUACAUCUACCUUCUACCGCUGUGUGAUUUGUUCAGCGAUUAGAUCUCGGGUGAAUGUGACAUUUGAGUUUGCGCCAACUAUUUUACACCCACAAAAAUACUUUUUCUUUUCCUCCUCAGGGGGGGAUGUGUGGGUGUAAUAAUUAUUCUCCAGAAGGUUCUCUUAUACUCUCAUGAGUUUGCAAGGAGUAAGAGGCCUCCAACAAAUCCAGAUUGGUUGUUCGCGGAUAGUCGUGAUUUAAAUUUGGUAGAAGCUUUUGUAAAUGGUGCAUGCUUGAGAUCCCUUUUUUUUUUUUAUUCAUAAGAUGGAAUAUAUAUUUAUAGUGUAUGUUAGGCCGAACAAAUUGAAAUACUUUUAAAUCACAUGGCCCGCAUCCCGUUUGUCUUCAACGAGAAGAAAGUUAAAGAUAAAACAAUUCUUUCUCUUGCUGAAAAGUCAGCUGUAUGCACAGAUCUGCAGCCUCAAGUAAAAUGAGACUGUCUCCCAUUGUUAACAACAAAGAGAAAUGUAGAACACGUUGCAAUCCGCCAUUUCCUUCAGCAGAGUUUAAGCACAGCAGACAUUCAACAUUGCUGCUUCUUGUGGAAACCCUCAUAAGUACCUUUUGGAAGUGCACUUUGAGUAUCUGUUGUCAUAUUUCUUUUAGGGACUGUAGUGUAUCAGCAGCAGUACUGCCCUCUUUAUAUAUAGGAGUAGGAGUCACACUAGCUGACAGUAUGGCACUUCUUCAAGCUCAUUUUCCCUCUUAGAGAGUAUUGACAUAUUAUGAUAUAGUUGUGUAUGAUUUAAUUAUUAAUGCAAGGUGAUAUUAUAAAUGACUUCAUUUGUCUCGGACUCACAGCUUGCAGCAUCAGCAAUGCCUCCCAUAUACAUAGGUUUAUAUAUAUAUAUAUAUAUAUAAACCUAUCAUUACGUCAAAGCAUCGCUAGAUGACUCGCGUUACAGUCCACACGGUAUUAUUGGGAUAAAUGAGCAAACCGCUCCCCAAGGUCCCGCAGCCCUGUGAUCUAUUAAGGCGCCGUCGUCUCGGAUGGUGAAUCUCGGGAGAGCGAGGGAAUUUUUUUGGGGGGGAAGAGAAUGGUUGUGCUGACAUUCUCUCUUACUGCAAUCCCUUGUCCUUGUAGGACGGAAGAGAAAAACAGCACCAGAGGCUGACUUGGCUGUUCCUCUGAGCUGUCAUAAAUCCAACUGAACAUUUCUGAACAUCUGUUGUGGAUGAUUAGCUCCACGGCUAGCAGAGUUUGACCGGAGGGAGUGAGAACCAGUGUGUGUGUGUGUGUGUGUGUGUGUGUGUGUGUGUGUGUGUGUACUCAAAGCCUUGCUGAUUUAGGAAUGGGGAUUUUACAUAUUUAUUGCAUUCAAAUAGAGAGAGAGAGAGGGGGGGGCAAAUUAUCACAAAUCAUGUUACUGGUCAUGUUGCAUUGGCACAGUCCCGUGGGAAUGCUUGUAUGUUUUAAGGUCACACUUUGUUAACCCCUUAGUUUCAGGGGAGUUUUUGUUAAAAAGUAGAAUUCGGGGAUGUUGGCUAUCCUAGAAAGCCUGGCCUUUGUAGUCAAGUGUAGGAUAAGCCUGCAUGUUAUUUCUCAUUCUCUCCCUGGAAGCUCGUCAAUAGAUAAGUGGCAAUGGAGUCUCAUAACAUCACGUGUGCUAGUACAUCAAACUGUGUUUUUUUUCCUACAUGCAGGUGCACUACAAAAUAGUUUCCCAUUGGACAAAGUUCAAAAAGGUAAGGCCCCCGCAGCCGCCUCCCUCUUCACACUGAAAUCUGACACCAAUGACAUCACGCGGUGGGUUUGGCUUCUCCCUGCCGUCCCUGCACACCAGCUCUCUCAGUGUGUGAACAAGCUCUGCCUCAGAAGGAUCUCUCUCGCCCUCCUCUCGCCACAUUGCUCUAUAGCCACAGCUGGAAACGUAUUGCUGGAGAGCCAAAAGACAAAGUUCCUCUGCUUUAAUGAAACGCUGUGAAUGGAAUAACUGAGCAAGGAACAAGGGACUACUUUUCGCUCUCACACUUUUUCAUAAAACGGGGAUAAUCUAUCGUGGAUACCGCUGGAUUUGGUUAUUCCUCGGAUUUGGGUUCUCUCUCUCUCUGUCUCUCUCUAUCUCUCUCUCUCUCUCUCUCUCUGCCUCUCUCUCUCUCUGGAAUAAGGAGUAAAAUCAUUUAUUCGUACGUGGACCUAACUGAGAUGCAUUGGUGUUAGUCUUUGAUCCUGUCAGAGUGGGACGUGUCUAGCUGGGACUGAGGAGGGAGCAGUGCCAUCUUGGAACAUGGGGCCUCACAGUCACCUGGCAGUGCCCCUCCUGCCCAGAGAGGCGUUGCCGUUCCUGCUUCUACUCAGCUGCAUGGUGUUGUCCUCGCAGGCAGACAGCGUGCCAAGUUUCGUCAAAUCCCCAGAGGACCAGACGGGCAUCUCGGGAGGAGUUGCGUCGUUUGUGUGCCUGGCCACCGGGGAGCCCAAACCCAGAAUCACCUGGAUGAAGAAAGGCAAGAAAGUCAGCUCCCAGCGCUUUGAGGUGAUUGAGUUUGAUGACGGCUCGGGCUCCGUACUGCGGAUCCAGCCACUGCGCACACACAGAGACGAAGCCAUUUACGAGUGCACAGCCACCAACAUUGCUGGCGAGAUCAACACCAGCGCCAAGCUUACAGUGCUUGAAGAGAACCAAGUCCCCCAUGGCUUCCCCACCAUCGAUAUGGGUCCCCAGCUGAAGGUGGUUGAAAAGACCAGAACUGCCACCAUGCUGUGUGCUGCCAGCGGAAACCCGGACCCAGAGAUAACAUGGUUCAAGGACAUGCUUCCUGUGGACAUCAGCAGCAGCAACGGACGCAUUAAACAGCUUCGUUCAGGUGGUACACCAAUUAGAGGAGCUCUGCAAAUAGAGAACAGCGAUGAGUCGGACCAAGGGAAAUAUGAAUGCGUCGCCAUGAACAGCGCUGGAACCCGUUACUCCUCUCCUGCCAAUCUCUACGUACGAGGUAAAUUGCGCAGAGUCCCACCCAGAUUCUCAAUUCCACCCACCAAUCAAGAGGUGAUGCCAGGCGGCAGCGUCAACCUGACGUGCGUGGCAGUGGGUUCGCCGAUGCCCUACGUUAAGUGGACGAUGGGUCAGCUGGAGCUGACGAAGGAGGAAGAGAUGCCUUUGGGACGCAACGUGCUGGAGGUCACCAACAUCCGUGAGUCGGGCAACUACACCUGUGUGGCCAUCUCCUCUCUGGGCAUGAUCGAAGCCACUGCUCAGGUCACUGUCAAAGCCUUGCCAAAGCCCCCCACCUCCCUCAUUGUGACCGAGACCACAGCUACCAGUGUGACUCUCACCUGGGACUCUGGAAACCCAGAACCCGUCUCCUACUACAUGAUCCAGUACAGAGCCAAGACCUCAGACAAUGGCUUCCAGGAAGUGGAAGGUGUGGCCACGACCCGAUACAGCAUUGGCGGACUUAGCCCCUACUCCGAGUAUGAGUUUCGCGUUAUGGCUGUCAACAACAUUGGCCGUGGGCCGCACAGCGACCCUGUGGAGACGCGCACCGGUGAACAGGCCCCCUCCUCGCCACCUCUGCACGUCCAAGCGCGCAUGCUGAGUGCCAGCACAAUGCUGGUACAGUGGGAACCGCCCGAGGAACCCAACGGGCAAAUCAGGGGCUACCGGGUCUACUACAGCUCAGACCUGACGGCUCCGCUCAGCGCUUGGCAGAAACACAACACCGAUGACAGCAGUCUGACUACCAUCUCAGGCCUGACUCCUGAUAUCACCUACAGCCUCAGGGUGCUGGGCUUCACCUCAGUAGGUGACGGGCCACCUUCUGACAUCCUGCAAGUGAAAACCCAGCAGGGAGUCCCUGCCCAGCCAUCCAGCUUUGAGGCUGAAGCCGAGCUGGACAGCCGCAUAAUGCUAACGUGGCUGUGGCCCGUACAGGACCUCAUCACUAAGUAUGAGCUGCAGUACUGGGAGGCCAGCUCGGAGAACAAGAUACAUGUGACCUUCAACCCAGCCGGUUCCUAUGCUGUGGAGGGUCUAAAGCCUGACACCUUGUACCGCUUCUCCCUGGCAGCCCGCUCUGAGAUGGGUUUAGGCGUCUAUACUCAGCCCAUGGAGGCUCGCACCGCCCAGUCCACCCCAUCCGCCCCCCCUCAGGAAGUACAUCUGGUCAGCCUGAGCUCCACCAGCCUCAAGGUGAGUUGGGUGGCGCCGCCCGCCGCUAGCCGCCACGGCGCCAUCGUGCGCUACACGGUCAGCUACCAGGGCCUGGCUGGGGAGGACACGGACCGGCAUGUGGUGAUGGAGAUCGGCGCAGACGCCUCUAGCUAUGUGCUGGAUGGCCUGGAGAAAUGGACUGAGUAUCAGGUGUGGGUGAGGGCACACACUGAUGUGGGCCCGGGCCCUGAGAGUGCCCCAGUGAGGAUGAGGACCAAAGAGGAUGUGCCUGGAGCACCCCCCAGGAAGCUCGAGGUUGAGGCCAUAAACUCCACAGCAAUCCGGGUUACCUGGAAGCCGCCCAUACAGGGGAAGCAGCACGGCCAAAUCCGUGGCUACCAAGUCAUUUUCUCUCGCCUCGAAAACGGUGAACCGCGAGGCCACCCUAACAUCAUGGACGUUGCUUUGCCAGAGGCACAGUGGAAUAUUGAGGAGUCCACCGAGCAUGAGGCCAUUAUUGCUGGACUGCACUCUGAAACCACCUACUCUGUCACUGUAGCAGCGUACACCACCAAGGGAGACGGAGCUCGCAGCAAAGCUAAAGUCAUCACCACUACUGGUGCAGUGCCAGGCAAGCCCGCUAUGAUGAUCAACCCCACUAAUGGCAACACAGCGCUGAUCCAGUGGCAGCCGCCUAAGGAAAUGGUGGGUGAGCUGAUGGGCUACCAGUUGCAGUACAAGCGCACCGAUGAGGAAACCUACACCUCACGCGAGCUAAGAAAGACCGACGACCAUUACACCGUCACUGGGCUGCACAAAGGCACCACCUACAUCUUCCGUCUCAGCGCCCGGAACCGCGCAGGCAUCGGUGAGGCCUACGUGAAGGAGAUCAGCACCCCUGAAAACGUGCCCUCAGGCUUCCCGUUCAACCUUCAAGUCACAGGACUGACCCAGUCCAGCACCCAGCUGACAUGGGAGCCCCCGCUGGUUGCCGAAAGGAACGGGAAGAUCGUACACUACGUGGUUGUGUACAGGGACAUCAACAGUCAGCAGAACAGCACAAACCGCACGGCCGACACGCACAUGACUAUCCAGGGCCUCAAUCCUGACACCACCUACGACAUCCGGGUACAGGCCUUCACCAGUAAGGGCGGGGGACCCCUCAGCCCCAGCAUUCAGAGCAGGACCAUGUCCAUUGAUUUUCCCACCCUGAAUUUUGGUGUCAAAGCAGUCAUGAAAACUUCUGUCCUCCUCACCUGGGAUUUGCCACAAAACUACAAAUCCCAGGCACCUUUCAAGAUCUUGUACAACCAGCAAAGCGUGGAAGUGCAGGGAAACCUGAAGAGGAAGCUGAUCGCGCAGCUGCAGCCAGACACAGACUACUCUUUUGUGCUGACAAGCAGGGGCAACAUUGCUGGAGGUCUGCAGCAGCAGGUGUCCAUCCGCACUGCCCCAGACCUGAUCCAGACUAAGCCCAGCACACAUCAGGUUCAGGGUGGCAAGAUGACCAUCAACCUGCCCAAGGUCCAGACCACCACACGUGUCAGGUGGUACUACAUAGUGGUGGUGCCGGUGUCUCAGUCAACCCGGCGAUGGAAGAAUCCAGACGAGAUGGACCUGGACGAGCUGCUCAAGUCCAGUGAAGGCCCUGUCCUGAGGCGCCGACGUCACCUGGAUUCCUCCAAGCCGUACAUUGCUGCCAAGUUGGCCUCACUGCCGACCACCUUCACCGUGGGUGAUGAGAAGAGGUACAACGGCUUCUACAACAAGCCGCUGACCAGUUCGCAGGAGUACCUCUGCUUUGUCGUGGCUGUUCUCAGAUACGAAGGAGCUGACACCACUGCUAAUUAUAUGACAUUUUCAGCCAGUCCCUACUCGGACCCGAUCCAGGUCACAACAACUUUGCCUCAGGGGAUGGAGCAACCCGAAAUGUUGUGGGUUAUGGGCCCAGUGCUGGCUGUGGUCAUCAUCAUCAUCAUCGUCAUCGCCAUCCUGCUCUUUAAGAACAGCAAACAGGAAAGGAAGCGGGCAUCGCCCCUACCCAAAGAUGACCACUCUGGUGGGGUGAAAGACUCCCUGCUGGCCAACUCCUCUGACCCCGUGGAGAUGAGAAGACUCAACUGCCAGACCCCAGGUCCCAGCUCUCAUCGCUGCCCCAACACUCCAAGAAUGAGGGAGCACCCACCCAUUCCAGUCAUUGAGCUGGCUGACCACAUAGAGCGAUUGAAGGCCAACGACGGCCUCCGCUUUUCCCAGGAGUAUGAGUCCGUUGAUCCAGGCCAGCAGUUUACCUGGGAGAACUCCAACAUGGAGGUCAACAAGCCAAAGAAUCGCUAUGCAAACGUCAUUGCCUAUGACCACUCCAGAGUGGUGCUCACCUCUGUUGACGCCGUUCCAGGAAGUGACUACAUCAAUUCCAACUACAUUGACGGCUAUAGGAAGCAGAAUGCCUACAUUGCCACACAGGGGCCACUGCCAGAGACACUGAGCGACUUCUGGAGGAUGGUUUGGGAGCAAAGAUCAAACACCAUCGUCAUGAUGACCCGACUGGAGGAAAAGUCACGGGUGAAGUGUGACCAGUACUGGCCGGUGCGAGGCACAGAGACCUAUGGAAUGAUCCAGGUCACCAUGCUGGACACCGUGGAGUUGGCCACUUACAGCGUCCGUACUUUCGCUCUCUACAAGAAUGGCUCCAGUGAGAAGAGAGAGGUGAGACAGUUCCAGUUCAUGGCCUGGCCAGACCACGGGGUGCCAGAGUACCCCACCCCCAUCCUGGCCUUCCUUCGGAGGGUAAAGGCCUGCAAUCCUCCAGAUGCUGGGCCCAUGGUGGUCCACUGCAGUGCGGGUGUGGGCAGGACCGGCUGCUUCAUCGUGAUCGAUGCCAUGCUGGAGCGCAUGAAGCACGAGAAGUCUGUAGACAUCUACGGCCACGUGACGUGCAUGCGUGCCCAGAGGAACUACAUGGUCCAGACCGAGGACCAGUACAUCUUUAUCCACGAAGCACUGCUGGAGGCCGCCACAUGCGGCAACACUGAGGUUCCGGCACGCAACCUGUACGCCCACAUCCAGAAACUCACCCAGCCCCCGCCCGGUGAGACGGUUACUGCCAUGGAGUUGGAGUUCAAGAGACUGGCCAACUCCAAAGCCCACACAUCACGCUUCAUCAGCGCCAACUUACCCUGCAACAAGUUCAAGAACCGCCUGGUCAACAUCAUGCCUUUUGAGUCCACCCGCGUCUGCCUGCAGCCCAUCCGUGGCGUCGAGGGCUCCGACUACAUCAACGCCAGCUGCAUUGACGGCUACAGACAGCAGAAGGCCUACCUGGCAACACAGGGCCCCCUGGCAGAGACCACCGAGGACUUCUGGAGGAUGCUGUGGGAGCACAACUCCACCAUCGUCGUCAUGCUCACCAAGCUACGAGAGAUGGGACGGGAGAAGUGCCAUCAGUACUGGCCAGCAGAGCGUUCAGCCAGGUAUCAGUACUUUGUGGUGGAUCCAAUGGCUGAGUACAACAUGCCCCAGUACAUCCUCAGAGAGUUCAAAGUCACAGAUGCCAGGGACGGCCAGUCCAGAACAAUCCGCCAAUUCCAGUUCACUGACUGGCCCGAGCAAGGAGUGCCAAAAACGGGAGAAGGCUUCAUUGAUUUCAUUGGACAAGUGCACAAAACCAAGGAACAGUUUGGACAGGAUGGACCAAUCACUGUACACUGCAGUGCCGGGGUUGGCAGGACCGGAGUCUUCAUCACCCUCAGCAUCGUGCUGGAGAGGAUGAGGUACGAAGGAGUGGUCGACCUCUUCCAGACAGUGAAGACACUUCGCACCCAGCGGCCUGCCAUGGUGCAGACCGAGGACCAGUACCAGUUGUGCUACAGGGCAGCAUUGGAGUACCUGGGGAGCUUUGACCACUAUGCAACAUAACCACUCCCACCGAGCAGCCUGCCUGGUCAAACCUCUCAGGAGUGUGCCAAGUGUCCCAUCUCAGCCACCAUCCACUCACUUGAACCCCCAAAAAAACCCGACCCCCUCGCAGCUACCAGAGGGGAGGAGAAAGGGACGCGCUUGCAGACGGGGUUCAACCAAUCACAGAGAUCCACGCCGACUUAUCCAACGACAUGAGAUUUUGCUUUAAAAAUAAUAACAGAAACAUUACAAUGACAAUGACAAAUAUGACAACACUUGUACAGAUACGACAGCGCAGAUUGGCAGUUCGCCUCUCUGCUCUGUCGAAGCCAAACCUCCCUGAUUGUCAAAGGCUACUGGUAGCACUAAGAGAGCACUCUCUCUCUGUUUUUUUGUUAAAUUUAUUGUCAAUAUUAUGAUUCAUUAUGUCAAAUGUUAUUGUUUAGUAUAUUUGUUGUUUUAAUAAUCAUUUUAACAUCAGACAUUUUGUUCUGUCUUAAACUGCCCAGCCUGGGGCAUGCAUUACUUUCAUAAUCGGUACUUUUUUUGUUUUUAUUCUUAUUUUAGGGUACUUUAGCACAAGGGACAUGUAUUUUUAACAUGUUCCUAGAUACUAAUACAGGAGGACCACUGUUCUCUGAGCUGCUGUCAGAUUUCUUUUGUCACCUGACAUUAUUGUUUUAUUCAUUGUAUGUGUCAUAAAUAUUGUGUU